AUGCCUCAACACGCUCACCUCGGACAGUUCUACGGGACGCCUAUCUCGCCAUCUCAGCAGCAAGCGAACAUGUCUCCUCGUGGAAAUGUCGGAUACUAUCCAAAUCAGCUCGUCCUCAACCAGCAGCAAGCUCAUCCCCAGACCGCUUACUACUACACACAGGCCGCUCAUUAUCCUGGCCAAGGACAGGCACUUCAGGGACAAAUGAUUCCUGGGCAAUAUCUUGCAUCAAAUGCAGCGCAGUCUGAUCCAAGACUCGCUUCAACAGAUAGCCGAUUAAGCGUGGUUCGAGGCCCCCCUAGAAAACCGAAACAGAGCGGACAUGCCAUCUGGAUUGGAAACCUGCCGCCUCAGACCGACUUGAUGAGCCUUGUACACCACGUCUGCAAGGAGACACCAGGCUUGGAGUCUCUUUUCCUCAUUUCGAAGAGCAACUGCGCCUUUGCAAACUUUAGGGACGAGGGCAGUUGUGUGGGAGCACAGCAGAAACUCCAUGACUCAAAGUUUCAGUCGGUUAGACUCGUAAGUCGACUUAGGAAGAGCACCGUGGAGGGCGCCGCUGGUGUUACGGCCCCUACAGGUCCGGCGGCUUCGACGCCUCAGCAAACAACAGCACCUGAGCCACAAGUCAAUGGUGAAGGUAUCCAAAGUCCCGAAGAGAGUGCAAAGGUAACUCCUGUUGCCGCACCGUUCCCGGUGGAGCAGAGGGAUAUCUCCCCAGAGUCCUCUACUCCGCAAAAGGACAAGUUCUUUAUUCUGAAGAGUCUUACGGUAGAGGAUCUUGAGCUGAGCGUUCGUACUGGCAUAUGGGCUACUCAGGCACACAAUGAAGAGACACUGAACACUGCUUUCAAGAGUGUCGACAAUGUCUACUUGGUGUUUUCUGCGAACAAAUCAGGAGAAUAUUUCGGUUACGCGAGAAUGGUUUCACCAAUUAAUGAGGACCCAGCUGCAGCAAUCGAGUUUGCGCCCAAAGCUCAGACCGCCAGCGAUUUGGACCUGCCAAAGGCCAUCCCCACCGAAGCCACGGAGUUCGCGCCCAAGGGACGGAUUAUCGAUGACUCCGCACGAGGUACGAUUUUCUGGGAAGCUGAGCGCGAGGACCAAGUCGAUGGCGCAGCCGAUUCAGAGGAAGUGGGGUCUACGAAGGAAGGGGAUGACUCGAGCACCGCAGGGAGCGGACAUGAGGGCGGGGAAUCCAAGGCGUGGGGAAAGCCCUUCAAGUUGGAAUGGCUGUCGACAACCAGACUCCCGUUCUACAGAACACGAGGCCUUCGGAAUCCUUGGAAUUCGAACCGAGAGGUCAAAAUUGCACGAGACGGCACGGAGCUAGAACCAUCGGUCGGUCGAAGACUCAUUGGGCUUUUCAACCGCGUCCAGAGCCCAGCGCCGGGAGCAAUGGCUGGCAUGAGGCAGGGAAUGCCGCCCAUAAUGGUCGGUUACCCGCCUAUGGCCGGCCGACCACCGUACCAGCAGUGA